AUGGAAACGUCCACUCUAAACCAGAUGGAUUGUGUGAACAUUUCUUCUACGAUCGGCGAGACCUUUGAUCCAGAAAGAAAAGCAAGAGCUAACUCCUCCGUGGAGGAAGACGUGUUGGGCUCGCUAGAUCAGGACUGCUUGUCGGAACUUCUCAGCAUCAUAGCGACAAACCUUAUGGUAAAGUCAGCUCCACUUGUAACCUACAUGGUCGUUUUGAUGUUGGUAGGCAUCGUUGGAAACGGGCUGGUUAUUUUGGUUUACCAAAGAAAGAAAAUUAAAACCACGGCUAACGUAUUCAUGCUAAGUCUGGCUUGGCUCGACCUCCUUUCCUGUGUGCUUCUUCAUCCCUACGCAAUCUUUAAACUUUGUCAUCCGCUUGACCAGUGGUGGACGACUGUGUGUAAAGUUUUCGAGUUCUUGGUUCACACCACAUUCUGCUCCUCGGUCUGCCUGCUAACGGUGAUUGCCAUAGAUAGGUACUUGGCUGUGUGCAGAGCACUAUCUUUCAUCAGAUCUCAGAGAGUUUCCUACGUCAUGGUUGGAAUUGGUAUCGCUGUAGGAUGUGUUGGAAGUAUCCCGGUGUUAGAAUUCUACGGACAAACACACAACAAUAUUUCGGACGAUUCGCUGGGACUGUCCAUUCCUUACGUCCAAUGCGACGUCAGUGACACUUACAUAUUAUCAAAUCACAUAUUUUGGUAUAGCCGAGCAGAGUUUGUUAUGUUUAUCAUAAGUCUGGCGGUAAUAACUGUGUCGUAUGUGCUUGUCGCUUUGAAAGUGGCCAAAAGGAAAAUUGUUGGAACUUCUGAAACUCCACCUGAGGCGUCAGCAAACAGUCUGUCGCAAAGUACAUCUCACCACCGUAGAUAUUACGAAGCAUCGAAACGGCCCGUCGAAGCAUGGAUGUCAGCUUCUCAAGGGAGCGAAGAGAUGAGCAUUCCACAAGGUCCACUUAAAGAACAGCGACAGACGUCAACCACGACCGAUUCUAUAGGACCAAAUCGUAAAAGACGAGGAAUCCCACAAAAGACGCCAGCGGAAACGUUGCGAGUGUGCAUGAUGCUAGCUGUCAUUACUGUGGCGUUCCUUCUGUCCUGGCUGCCUUUAUUCCUUAUCAAAUUCGGUAUUCUACAAACACUGCCCCAGCUCGACUCUGGAGACUAUGUCAAUGAAACUUGGAUAGAGGGCGCCUUCGAUCAAGAGACAUGGAACCACUAUAACACAAACGGACCAAAAACUACAAACCGUUUGAAGGGCUGGCGUCGAAAGCUAAAUCUGAUGGUGAAGAAAGCCCAUCCGAACAUUUCUGAGCUCAUCGCCAUUAUCAAGACUUAA